AUGUUCAGAAUCCUCAGAAUAGCUCGACCAUUUGCCUCAGGUCGGCGUUUCCCAAUCAGAGCAUUCACCUUCGCUUCCGCUUUCUCGGUGGCCACGCUCACUAUUAGGAAUGGCAUCAUCACCAACGAUGCUAGUAAGAAUGGGAUCGAGGGCGUUUCUCUCGACAACAACAUUGAUCCGUUCCCUACCCAGCUUUCAAAACAGAAUUGCUCGGUGAUUGAUAAAGUGAGCAACUUGGUGGCCUCGGGGAUGCGCUCGGUGACGUUUAUCAGCUUCAAAGUGUACGCUGUGGGGCUCUACGUUCCUACAAGAGAUGAACCUCAAAUCGCCAGUACCGUAGCACAGUAUAUGAGAUCGCAUCCAGAGAAGUCAGCAGAGGAGCUUUUAAACGAUAAAGAACUUUCACAGGACUUGUUGGCCAACAUGUCACAGAGACUCGACUACACCAUUAGAAUCACUCCAGUGAGAAAUACAGACUUUGGACAUUUGAGAGAUGGUUUCGUGAAGACAAUCUUGGCUUGCCCUUUGACAAAGCAAAUGAGAGAAGAAGUGGGUGCUGGCAUUGAGCAGUUGCGUGGAGCUUUCCAAGGCCACAAGGGCUCGGUGCCUAAGAAUCACUCGCUAUACCUCGUGAGUGAGAAUGGACAGAUCACAAUGCAUUAUGUGGGUAAGCGAGGAGAGGUCAAGACCUUGGGCAAGAUCACGGAGCCUAGUAUUUCGAAAGUGCUUUUCGUGCUGUACUUCAGCAGCGUCAAACCCAUCAGUGAGCCUCUCAGGAAGGACUUUGUUGACUAUGUGAAGGCAAAGUUGCAGUAG